AUGACAACAUUUGUUCAAAAGGGUUUGUGUGGUUGGCGCUAUGGUAGAGUCUCCUGGCAGAAACCCAUAGAGCUCUGGCAGGGAGAGCUCAAAACCAUCAGAGAUCACUUCGGCAGCGGGGUUCUGUCUUAUUUCAUCUUCCUCAGAAGACUGUUACUUUACAACAUCCUCCUCUUCCUAAUCAAUGGAUUUUUCCUGGUCCUACCACAAAUCCAAUUCCACCAAAAGAAACACACUUCCUCUGAUGAGCUCUGGAUGCUUACUGGCACGGGCAUCCUCACAGACUCGGUCAUGUUUUAUGGCCACUAUUCCAAUGAAAACUGCCAAAUGUGUCCAGAAAAUUACGACAUACCACUGGCAUAUAUUUUUACUAUCGGAGCAGGCAUGUUUAUCACAUGUGUAAUGCUGGUUUACAGUAUGUCUAAAUCAAUCGGAAAGAGUUUCCAUGUCUUCAAGACUUCUGGUAACCUAGCUUUAAAGGUUUUCUGCUCUUGGGAUUUUAAAGUCAGCAAGAAACAGUCUGUUAAACUGCAGUCGACGAACAUCUGCACUCAGCUGAAGGAGAUGCUGUCUGAGCUCAGCUGUAGCAAACAGAAGAGGAACUUGUGUUCAACUUGGAGCUGCUUACACUUUCUUAUAUGGUCCAUUUGCAUCUUUUGCAUAGCUGGCUGCAUGCUGGGUGUUUACUACUUGCCCCCUAUGUUUGACCAGAUCUCUUCCAAGAAAGCUGUCGGUUUGCUGAUGCUGCCUUUGUUGGUGUCAUGCAUCAGUCACCUCCUGCCUGGUUUCUUCAACAUGUUAUCUGGGGCAGAGCAUUACGAAUCCCCGAGCACUCAGAUCUACGUGUCCAUUGUGAGGAACCUGUUGUUGAAGGGUUGCAUUUUUGGGGUAUUGUGUUACCACUGGCUCGAGCAACUUUGUUGCAGGAGGAAUGGAUUAAAUACACACCAGUGCUGGGAAACACUGGUUGGACAAGAGGUUUACCGUUUGGUUAUAAUGGACCUGCUAUUUGCAAUUUCAUACAUCAUCUUAGUAGAGUUUGUGUGGGGGCUGUGUAUUAGAAACAUGACGUUCAGAAGAAGGAAACUAGAGUUUGAUAUCGCAGAAGAUGUUCUGGAGCUCAUCUACGGCCAAACCCUUGUGUGGUUUGGUGUGCUGUUUUCACCGCUCUUGCCUGCAGUGCAAAUUGGGAAACUGUUUCUACUGUUCUACUUCAAAAAGACGAGUUUGAUGAGGAACUUCCAACUGCCCCAGAAACCCUGGAGGACCACUCAGAUGAGCACACUGUUCAUCAAGCUCCUGUUUUUCCCCUCCUUCACUGGGGCCCUUGCAUGUGUCAUUUACACAAUGUGGAGGGUCAGGCCCUCAUCAGACUGCGGGCCCUUUAGAAACCUCCACAGCAUGUUUCUGCUGAACCUGGUGGACAACCCUUUGUUCCUCUUCAUCGCCUCGGGCCUGUUCCUCACCGUUAUAUACAUUCACAUGCAAGUUUUGGAUGGCCAAAAGAUGAUCAUCGUGAGGUUACAAAAACAAAUAGACAAUGAGGGUGAAGAUAAGAAGUUCCUUAUAGCCAAACUUCAGGCCCUCAAUGAGGCGAGCGCCACGAGUCCUCAUCCGCAGUAAGGGAUGUUUUCCUUGACCUCGUCACCUGCUCAUUUAUUUCACCCCGGAAGGCUGAAUUCUACAGAAAUGAAUUCGGAAGAAUACACUGUGGGAACCCCCUCAAAAAAACCAUACCUGAGGAACCAGUGCGUCAAUGUUUUGGUUUGUCAGUCCUUCAUGCCGUUGUUUAAAGGUUAUAUUUUGUAUGGUUGAGGAAGAGCAACAGGCUAUCAAUAUGCAGUGUUUCUUGUAUCAGGUUAAUUAUGAGAUUCACUUCAGUUUAUCUAUCUGCUAUGUUUUGAACGUUUUAAAUCAAUAAAUGAAUGCAACAUAUCUGAAUGACCAUUAAUUGCUCUUAUUUUAAAUUGCUAUUAACUCUGUGAAAUACAUAUGUCUGAUUUGUCAAAUGCAGCAUUCCAUGAUGAUAAGCUUUCCACAGUGCAAGUGUUUUGUGAUGAAGAUCGGCUGACUGAACAUUACUCCUUAUUUUAACUGGUGUAUAUCCCUCGGACAAAGACUGCUAAGGUCACUUGAGAUUGUAAUGUAUGGGGUAUUUUGUCUGAACCUGUCAAACUGAGAUCUGCUGAACUGUGGUCACAUGGUCCAGAGCUCAGUUUACCGUGUGAUGUUUUGCAUUCUUUGGGAGGAGUUGCUUAAAUCUGACAUACACCUUAUUAAGGAGCUGUAAGAAACCACUUUGGUUAAUUUGGCUCCCAACAUCAGAUCAUAUCAACUACAACAGUCGUUCAGAGAGAGUUUAUUCAACAAUGCAUCCCCCACAACGUUUUUACAUCCACCUCCCAGAAAAAUAUGAAGAUUUUAAAAAAUGGGGUGAAUGGGACCAUGGGAUUUUCAUCACUGAUUUGAAUCCAUUGGUGAAACAGGGCGAGCUUCACGACUACUUUGAAAAAUUUGGGACAAUUACAGAAUGUGUAUUCACAAUCGACAAGUCAUCGGGAUGGCCAAAGGGUGUGGGCUUUGUGAGAUAUUCAUCUUCAACACAGGCUAAAGCAGCCGAAAAGGCUGGGCCGCACUGUCUUGGAGGCUUUCCCUUAAAGAUCAACAGAGUUAUUACAGAAAAAUUAAAUACUCCUCCAUGCCAAGCCUUUCAGACAGACUGUGUGUGAACUAGAAGUGGAGUAUAGGAGCACCGGAAGUGAUUUACACUAAACCUCAUCCUAACACAAUGUGAACUAAACGUUUCUGCAGGAUAAACCAGAGUAUAUUGUUAAAUUUUGUACCUAGCAUUCAGUUUGAUUUAAUGUCUGUAUGCCCUACUGUAAAUGAUAACUUUUAUAUGUAUUUCUCAAAUGUUGAAGAGCAUGCUUGGUGCAUAAUAACACUUUUGCAUUAGGAUUAAUAUUUUCCCGUGGAAAACAUCUUUUAUGUUAUACUUGGAUUAGCCUAGUUAAUGUAUAAUUAAACUCUUUAUUAACGAAUAAUUUUGUUUCAAUUUGUGAAAAUACCAUGCUAUCUGUUCUCAUACAAACUAUGUGAAAAUAGCAUAAAUAG